AUGGUCAACAAGGAUUCAAUUCAGCUUGCAAUUGCAGAUUUGAAGUCACAAAAGGUCAAAAAUUACACUGUGACUGCUAGGAAAUAUGGAAUCAACAUGACAACAUUGCGCCAGCACUAUAUUGGAACUCAACUAUCACAAAAUGAAGCUGCCUCACACCAUAAGAAGAAGAUCUCAAAUCUGCAGGAAGAGCAGCUGCUUCUUCAUAUAGAGAAGCUGACAGCUCACAGCUUUGCUUCUACACCUCAAAUCAUUUGA